AUGCUGGUUCUCGUAAUAGGCGACCUUCACAUUCCCAACAGGGCUCACGACCUGCCGCUCAAGUUCAAGAAGUUGCUUGUUCCUGGAAAGAUUCAGCAAAUCAUCUCGACAGGAAACAUUUGCGACAAGGAGACCUUUGACUACCUCAGAUCCGUUGCAGGAGAUAUCCAGGUUGUGAGGGGAGACUAUGACCAGAACGUAUCGUGGCCUCUCUCAAAAAUCAUCACCCAUGGACCCAUUCGCAUUGGAGUUGUUCACGGACACCAGGUCAUCCCCUGGGGUGACACAGAGUCACUCAACAUCACUGCCCGCCAGAUGGACGUCGACAUUCUCUUGACAGGACACACACACAAGUUCGAAGCCUUUGAGCAUGAGGGCAAGUUCUUUGUCAACCCAGGAUCAGCAACCGGCGCCUACCACCCACAAAUCGAGGAUGUGACACCUUCGUUCGUCUUGAUGGAUUUGCAGGGAUCGGUCGUUGUGCUCUAUGUAUACCAAUUGAUUGAUGGCGAGGUCAAGGUCGAAAGAAUCGAGUACCGCAAGCCAUUCGACAGCCGCACUGCUUAA